CUGGGAAAAGUGGUCAUAAGUCAUUGAGAUCUCCAGUGUUUCACGCGCUAAGUGGCCCACUGUUCGACUGUUCGCGACGUUCUUGCUCGGUAAAUGCCGUCCAUCGACAUUGACCUGGACCUCGUCAUCUCCAUCUCGCCUUGAGCCUCAUUAUCAACUUCGCCCUUUGCCAUAAAACAGACGCUAUCGUUAUACAGGCAGCCAGGAUCCUUUUCGAAGUCAUCAUAUACCCAUUACGAACGAACUAUAUAGCACCAGGUCCACAGGGACUGGAUCGAGAACCUACCAUCAUCUGCCACACGCGUCGACGUCCUCCUCAUCCUUCAUCACUUAUUUCCAAGAAAGCUACAUACAACAAGAGCCAUACACGCUACCGGAGUCAUUGAGGCUCGAUUCUGCGAAUGUUGUAUAGAUAAAGGAACAAAGACAUACGUAGCUGUUUCGAUAAGAAGGCAUCUCACACAUCAUGUCCAAUCCCCCACCAGCAAACACCGGCCAAGCGCCGGGAGGUGCCACAUAUGGCGGUGGCCAACAACAUCAACAACCUCAGUCUGCUGGUGGUGCGCCGACGACGGGAGGUACAGGAGGAACAGGAGCCGCAGGGACGACAUCGACGAGCAGUACGGCGCCCACACCUCAGAAUCUGAACCAAAUAGUAACGGAUUAUUUAAAGAAGAAGGGAUUCACCAAGACCGAAGCCGUUUUCCGUCAAGAGACAGCCCAUCUCGGGCCUGACGGCAGGCCCGCGCAGCGCAACGAGGAGAACGGACCGCGAAAGUAUCUAAAGGCGUUCAUCUUGCUCCGAGAUUGGAUCGAGAAUAACUUGGACAUCUACAAGUUCGAACUUAGGAAGCUCUUGUGGCCUGUCUUCGUUUACUCCUACAUCGAGCUCGUGUCCACGGGGUAUGUGGAAGAAGCAAAGCACUACCUUGCAACACUACGACCUCACUUUGAAGCGGUCCAUCGUGAGGCGUUAGACCUGUUUGCGACAGUCACCCUUCCACAACACAUUCACGAAAACCAAACAAUCAAACUCUACCGGGAGAACAAGUAUCACAUCCCGCUCAACCAGUCACUUUCUGGUAACCUUUUCCACUUUCUCGAGCGCGAGGCGGAUGCUGGCGGCUCAACCAUUGCGUUCAUCCUCCAAACGUUCUGCCGGGUAGACGUCAGCGCAAGGGGGCCCAUCGAACCAUUCAGCUUUGAGGCUAUUUACCGACGAGCUCAGAAUUUGGAUCUCGAUGAGAUUGACCAACUUGAAGGCAUUCCUGGUGUUUUCACCGGUGUCACAAACAGAGACGUUCUCGACUCAUCAGCACCACUGAAGCUGGGCCCUCUACCAAUGGAGCCUGAAUUGAGAGAAGACGUACGAGCAGAACUUGAGGACGAGGACCAGCGACAUCCACCAGCGGAGGGCAGGUCCACACUCGUGGAGGAGUUCGACCAGCGGAUCAAGCGAGAGGAUAGUGCCGACGCCCCCUCAAGAACAGACCUCCCUCUUCCACCAUCUCGGGCCAGGGACGUCGUAAUGGAGAUGCAAAAGGUGCGGGAAAACCGAGACCGGUUCAAGAUUGAGGGUCGGACUGGCGGUGCGGGUAUUCCUGUCUCGGCCUGCAUGUUUACUUUCCACAACACCUUGGGGAGCGUUACAUGUAUGGAGUUCUCCAAUGACCACGAACUCGUGGCUGUCGGCACUAUGGACUCUUACAUCCGCGUUUGGUCUAUGAACGGAAAGCCGUUGAAAACAUCUGUCGCCAGCGAGAAGGAUCUACAAGUCAACAACCGGAAGCUGAUUGGCCACUCCGCUCCGGUCUACGGUGUGUCUUUCUCAGAUUCGAUUGCCAACCUGGACCGUAAUGUCUUCCCGGAAGCCGACGGAACCAAGCCCGAUACAAGCACCAAGCUGCUGGUAUCAUGCUCGGCGGACGGCCAAGUCCGCCUUUGGUCCCUCGACCACUGGGCUUGCCUAUGUAUCUACAAGGCUCAUGAUGGUCCUGUCUUCCGCGUUCUUUGGGGUCCUCACGGCCAUUACUUCGCCACUGGCGGCUGGGACAAAACAGUUCGCGUGUUCGCGCAAGACAGAGCCUCUGCGCUGCGCAUUAUGGUCGGUCAUGAUACGCCCAUCUCAGCAAUCGCGUGGCACCCGAACGGAACGUACAUCUUUUCCGCAUCGGACGACACCGACAAGUCCAUCCGCAUGUGGUCGGUUGUGACAGGUAACUGCGUACGCAUCUUCACAGGCCACACGGACUACAUCAGCGCAUUGCAAUGCGCACCGAACGGAAAGAUCCUCGCCAGUGCCGAUACGGGUGGAAACAUUUUCUUCUGGGAUAUUGCCAAGGGCACACGUAUCAAGCGGUGCCGCGGCCACGGCAAGGGCGGCAUCCCGUCUCUAAGCUUCAGUGCCGAGUCGAACGUGCUCGUAUCAGGAGGCUUGGAUGGCACCGUGAGGCUGUGGGACGUGGAGUUGCCGGCCGAUCCUAGCAAGAGCAGCCAGCUUGCUAUCUCGAGCAGCGGUGCGGCGGUUGUGGGAGGCGCAUCUGGUCAACAGCCGGAUGGCGCCGCAACUGGCGACAGCAUCGCCGUGGCAUCUGGCGGAGGUCCCAACGGUAAUUCUAUCACCGUGGGCGGCACUGGUUCUUCGGCUACUCCAGCUGCUGCUGCCAAUGCCACCGGAAACACUAGCACGGCCAGCGGCGCCGCCAAUGGCGGCAGUGGUGCGGUCACUGGGAAGAAGAAGGGCAAGGAGGUGCAGAUCACGCCCGAUCAAAUCAGCGCGUUUGCGACCAAGAAGACGCCUGUACUGAAGGUGCAGUUUACAAGAAUGAACCUGGUGGUUGCGGGUGGAUGCUAUGAUCCUGAGCGUUAGGAGGUUCAGGAUCAGCGGUCCUUGUAGGAACCCAAGGAGUCAUGGCAACGUUGGUAGGGGAUGUCAUGUUGUUUAGUCACGAUCAAUGACGGUUGAAAAAGGUCGCAUAUAGUAUUUCGAAAGGAGUUGGCGAUCCAGGAGUUCCGGUUCAUCAGGAUCACAACAUAGUUAGUUGCACCGUCUACUAAGAGAGUCCAGAGGUUUGGGAAUCAUUAUUUCAGUGGCACCUUCAAGCCAAGAAAAAGGGCUUGAUUAAAUAUACAGCUAAGAAAUCAACAGUGAAACUUGAAAGA